AAUAGCAAGCUAGCCAGUUUUGGGAGAAGAAGAAAAAGGCUACAAGCGGAAGAAAUACCGGAUUUGGUUUCGGCUAGUAUUCGGUUUAUGGUCCUGGUUUAGUUUUUUUUUUUUAAAUCCAUUUUGAAUAUGUCGACCCCGGCAAGGAGACGGCUUAUGCGAGAUUUUAAAAGACUUCAAGAAGAUCCUCCCACUGGUGUGAGUGGUGCACCGUCAGAGAACAACAUCAUGCUUUGGAACGCUGUUAUUUUUGGGCCUGUGGGAACACCGUUUGAAGAUGGAACAUUUAAGCUGCUGAUAGAGUUUUCAGAGGAGUACCCAAACAAGCCUCCCACAGUUCGGUUUGUCUCCAGAAUGUUUCACCCAAAUGUUUACGCAGACGGCAGUAUAUGUUUAGACAUCCUUCAGAACCGCUGGAGCCCCACAUACGAUGUGUCGUCCAUACUCACCUCCAUCCAGUCGUUGCUGGAUGAGCCAAAUCCCAACAGCCCGGCUAACAGUCAGGCUGCACAGCUCUAUCAGGAAAACAAGAGGGAGUACGAGAAGAGGGUGACGGCCAUUGUGGAGCAGAGCUGGGUGGAUGUCUGAGCUUGCCUAGCUCUUCAUCCCUUCCUUUCCAUCACUCUCUCUUCAUCAUCCCAGUACUCCAGUCUUUCAUUUUUACCUCAUCAAGAAAAGAAAAAAACAGCAACUAUAUAUCAGAAGAACUCAAGUGCCACCCUGAAAAAAAAAGAAGAAUAAAAAAGGAUCCUGAGAACAACCAAACCAGAAUGGACAUUAACUUGCUUGCCAAUACAUUGGAGGAAAACGAGGGAGGGGAAAUCAAUCUUAUUUGUGUUUCUUGUCCUUAAUUUUACUUUUUUCAUUGCAUGAUGUGAAAUAAGUUAUUGCUAACAGAAUUUGUAAUAUAUCUUUGUUGUUUGGUUGGAUUGAUGCUGUUAGUGUUUGAGUUUUACAGAUUUGUUUUCCUUCUUUUUGAAUUUUUCCUUUUUCUUUUCUUUUUUUGUAAUGUCUUCUGGCGUGCACACAACUUGGCUGUUUGGAAAGUGCAGGUUCAUGACCGUAACCGUCAUUGUUUUAAAAGUUGAGUCGGUAUUGUCAUUAUUCUUCACAAGUCAGCCACAGAUGCAGCUGAGACAGAAUAAUCCCUGAUCUGUGCCAGCGUUUCUCUUAUUUUAAGAGACACUGUAGGUUUGGGCUCACAGACGUCACAGGCUGCAACAGCGCCAAGUCUCCCUUACACUGAUGAAUCAGGGCUCCCUGGCUAGGCAGCUCUGAGCUUUUUUAUUUUAAUCUUUUCUGCUCCAAGGUAGAGGAUGAUAUUGGAGCGAGGGUGAUAUGAGAAAGUAAAUAUUAACACCAGGAAUGAGACAGGAUAAACUUGGACUGUGGGUCUCAAAGUAGAGUACAGGGUAAGUUGAAAAGGAUGUGAGAAUCCCAGCUGAAGCAAGGAAAUGAAUUCAUUUCAAUCAGCAUUAAUUGUCCUUAAGUGAGUCAGUCUUCUCACUUAUCCUUUGUCCCAGUGUCCUUCUUUAAGUGUUGUCACAAUGUAUGUAGAGCAUAGGAAUUCAACAGUGCUUGUACUAACACAUUUUCUUGAAUGGUGGUGCUAUAUCAUUUUCAUUAAUGGCUAACAGGAAUUGAGCGGUAGCAAGUGAAAGUAGUAGAUAAAUGCAGAGCUGUGUUUUAAAAGUUGAACUGUUCUCCGCUCCCCCUCCUGACAGCUCAUCUUGGGCUCGCGCCCAUGUUUUUUUUUUCUCCCCUCCUAAUUUCUCCCGCCACAGAACGUAAAUCACUUUCAAAUGCUUUGUUGCCUGUGACGCGUGUCAGCAUGAAUUGUCAGCGCUUUUGAUCCUUCUCUUAAAAUGAAACCACGACACACAAAUUAACAAAUAAACAGAGGAUAAAAGAAGCGCUGUCCAGUGUUUAGCUCUAAAUGAGAGCGGUUAAGAGGAUUGACGGAGCAAACUGCUGUUUCAACAGUGUGACACCAACUGUUUUUCCAAAGGCUUAAGUUGUAUAUAUGCCUGUUUUUGUGAUACCCAAUUAAAAGACCACUUGAGUAUAAAUUUAUCACUUAACUCUGCAUAACUCCAGCUAAAUAAUCCAUGGAAAAUGAUCAUAAAACAGAGCUCCUCUUUUCCGAGACAUUAAAAGUCAUAUCGUGGCUAGUGACUUGUCACCUAAAAAGCAGAAGGGAUAUCUUAACAUUUUGUGAAUUAAACAAAACAAUGUAUACUUAUAACAAUAUGCUGUAUAAACAUAAUAAAACACAUUUUUCAGACUUUGA